GCAUCUUGUGUGACGGCGUUUGUACUUUGUAAACGUCUGUUAAGCUUCAAAGUUGUUGCGGCUAUGAGGGAGUUUCGGUGCUGAGCUUUCGGAAUUGUUUGAACCGCUUUGAUAAAUGUUAGCUGUACAAAAGCGAUACAUGUGUUCGCAAAAUUUUUGCACGUCAUUUAAUGAAGUUCUAAACUUACAUUGUAUCAUAUUAAGAUUAAUAUUAAAUAGACUGUAUAUAUUCAUAUCAUCUUAGACUUCUCGUUAGUUCUGCGUAAAGUGCGACCAAAGGGCAUCAUCGAUAAUGAAUAAACUGCCGGUGUUUCCUGGCAAUGCGUAGAAGGACUUUUAUCUUAAUUGUAUCUUUGGCCUUACUUUCUUGGGCAGCAGUAACCUAUCACUUAUUUUUGCAAAGGCCUCAAGGAAAGAUUCAGCGUUCUGCUAAAUUCCAGCAACAGCUUGAACAGCUAGAAGUUGAACUUAAUGAUCAACUGAAAUCCAACAAUGAGCUGUUACGACUUCUACAUGACUUCAGAUCAAAAUAUCCAGAUAAAAUUAGAAGUCUAAGGAAUGCUUCAUUCGAGCAGAAAUAUUUGCCAGAUUUCAGCAAUGUUGUGAUUGGUGUUCUAGUCUUUGCAUGUAAUCGUGUUACAGUGAAAAGGAAUUUAGAUCAAUUAUUGAAGUAUAGGCCUUCCCCUGAACAAUUUCCAAUUGUAGUUAGCCAAGAUUGUGCUCAUGAGCCUACUACAAGAGUUAUACAGUCCUAUGGGGAUCAGCUUACACUCAUACAACAUCCAGAUCAGAGUGACAUUCCAUUGUCAGGUAAAGAAAAGAAAUUUAAAGGAUACUAUAAGAUAGCACGGCAUUAUGGAUGGGCCUUAAAUCAGACUUUUUUCCAUUUUAAUUAUAAAACUGUAAUUAUAGUAGAAGAUGAUUUAGAUAUUGCUCCAGAUUUCUUUGAAUACUUUAUGGCUACCCACCCCAUUUUAAAUAGUGAUCCAACUCUUUGGUGUGUUUCUGCUUGGAAUGAUAAUGGAAAAGAUAGUUUGGUUGCGUAUGAACCAGAAUUACUGUACAGAUCAGACUUCUUCCCUGGACUGGGCUGGAUGUUAACAAAAUCUCUUUGGAGAGAAUUAGCACCAAAAUGGCCCAAAGCGUUAGUUUUUCCUAUUUUAAACGUAUUAUUCAAAUGCGUAAUUUUAACUAUGUUUUACUAUCUGUUCUUGUGUGUGUUAACUUCAUCUUAUGAAUGUAUGAAUGUUAUUAAUUGGUAUGCAAACACAUUAAAUUUAUGUACUGUGAAUUGGAACAAAGAAAUAUGAUGGGUAUUUGACUGU